AUGCUACCCCCGACGGCGCAUCUGCACUACGUCGAGGUCCUUGGUGAAUCAUCUCUAUCCUGUAUAAGUAUUAAGAAAGAGGACGGAAUCCGGAUUUGUUUCUUUGCUCAUUGAUACCAUAAACUCAAAUUGCCCGGCAGUUCACCGCCAUAUCCCCAGUCUUCAACUUGUACUUGAUUUCCUGCUGCCAUUGACCUACACAUCCAUAGCAUCUCGACCAACAAGACUUCAAGAUGGGCAGCAACUCAAUCCCAAAGUACCGCAUUGUCGUCGGAAGCGAUGAGGCCGGCAUCGGUUACAAGGACGCAAUCAAGGCGGAUUUCCAGAAGGACCCCCGCGUCGAGUUCGUCGAGGACGUGGGAAGCCACGAGACGGCCGACAAGACGGCCUACCCCCACAGAGCGGCAGCGGCAGCCAAGCUGGUUGCCGAUGGCAAAGCCGACCGCGCCCUGCUCAUUUGCGGCACGGGGCUCGGCAUGGCCAUCGCCGCCAACAAGGUCAAGGGCAUCCGGGCUGUGACUGCACACGACAGCUUCAGUGUGGAACGGUCGAUUCUGAGCAACGAUGCGCAGGUGUUGUGUAUGGGCGAGAGGGUAAUCGGCUUGGAGCUUGCAAGGAGGCUCGCAAAAGACUGGCUCGGAUACGUAUUCGAUCCCACCAGCCAGAGUGCAGAGAAGGUUCAUGUGAUCAAAACUCUUGAGGCUGCUGCAUGAAAAGGAUAUAUAUUUGGAGGUAUUAGUGAUCUAAUUAGCGUACAAUAAUUCAUCUCGAGUUCCAAUCCCACU